GGCGAACGUGCGUGUCCCCAGUCGCACGGAGGGCAACCGUCGCCGGGCUUCGGGCCUCAACUGUCGUUGGUGUAUUUUUCUGGUGUCACUUCUGUGCCUUCCUUCAAAGGUGGUGCUUUGCCCUUUUGGGUCAUCUGUACUGAUUGCGCCAAGCAAAGCAUUUGUUCUCCAAAUGUCAACUGUCAAGGAGCAGCUAAUUGAGAAGCUAAUUGAGGAUGAUAAAAACUCCCAGUGUAAAAUUACUAUUGUUGGAACUGGUGCCGUAGGCAUGGCUUGUGCUAUUAGUAUCUUACUGAAGGAUUUGGCUGAUGAACUUGCCCUCGUUGAUGUUGCAUUGGACAAACUGAAGGGAGAAAUGAUGGAUCUUCAGCAUGGCAGUCUUUUCUUUAGUACUUCAAAGAUUACUUCUGGAAAAGAUUACAGUGUAUCUGCAAACUCCAGAAUAGUUAUUGUCACGGCAGGUGCAAGGCAGCAGGAGGGAGAAACUCGCCUUACCCUGGUCCAACGUAAUGUGGCUAUAAUGAAAUCAAUCAUUCCUACCAUAGUCCAUUAUAGUCCUGAUUGUAAAAUUCUUGUUGUUUCAAAUCCAGUGGAUAUUUUGACAUAUAUAGUCUGGAAGAUAAGUGGCUUACCUGUAACUCGUGUAAUUGGAAGUGGUUGUAAUCUAGACUCUGCCCGUUUCCGUUACCUAAUUGGAGAAAAGUUGGGGGUCCACCCCACAAGCUGCCAUGGUUGGAUUAUUGGAGAACAUGGUGAUUCUAGUGUGCCCUUAUGGAGUGGGGUGAAUGUUGCUGGUGUUGCUCUGAAGACUCUGGACCCUAAAUUAGGAACGGAUUCAGAUAAGGAACACUGGAAAAAUAUCCAUAAACAAGUUAUUCAAAGUGCCUAUGAAAUUAUCAAGCUGAAGGGGUAUACCUCUUGGGCUAUUGGACUCUCUGUGAUGGAUCUGGUAGGAUCCAUUUUGAAAAAUCUUAGGAGAGUGCACCCAGUUUCCACCAUGGUUAAGUUUGGACUACACACAAGUUACUUGAUCCUCAUAGUCCUCCUUUUGAUAAAAUGGCAUCAUGGAAGACUGCAUGGCAUCCUUUCCUGUGGACCAAAAGAUGACCUGGUAAGGGAUAAGGGAUUAUAUGGAAUAAAAGAAGAACUCUUUCUCAGUAUCCCUUGUGUCUUGGGGCGGAAUGGUGUCUCAGAUGUUGUGAAAAUUAAUUUGAAUUCUGAGGAGGAGGCCCUUUUCAAGAAGAGUGCAGAAACACUUUGGAAUAUUCAAAAGGAUCUAAUAUUUUAAAUUAAAGCCUUCUAAUGUUCCACUGUUUGGAGAACAUUCCACUGUGUAUUUUAAAUUUUGAAAGUAUUUUCAUUUGAUCUUUAAAAAAUAAAAACAAAUUGGAGACCUGUGACAUAA